UGUCUACACACCUUUUUGGCAGAUGUCAAAAUUUUCGCAUGAUAUCCGAAGUUCAAAACACGGGGUUUUUCACAGUUUUAUUCAAUAAACCGUUCCCUUUAUCAAUAGUGGAAGUUGUCCAAGAUGAGCCAACAUCUCGGUGGCCGUGUUUGAAAACCGUCCAAAAUGUAUUGUGUUAGUUUUCAAUCAAAACAGUUACUAACCUACGGAAAAAGAUUGGUUAGGUCGCACGGUGAUUACAUAAAGAGGACGUUCCAUGACAGAAUCGUUCUGCAGCAGUCUCACAAAUUAUCACAAAAGCAAAUCGAGCAGAUCAACUUAAAGGAAGAAGAAAAUCCAAACAGUAAAGCUGAACGGAUAGCCAUUGUUGUCCCAGUACCUACCACAAAUCCACUAAUUAGUUCAAUUGUUGGCAAUCCACUUGUCACCGGCGAUGCAUUCAAAAAUGUUUCGAAAGAAUCGAAGAAGAGUAAAGUCGAAGAAUGGACGGUGACACCAUCAGAAGACCUGUCCAAGUUAGGAAAGCAUUAUCUAAUGCUGUCAAAAUCCAGGCUGACUUCACUGGUUGUCAUAACUUCCAUGGCUGGAUAUGCAAUGGCACCGGCACCAUUCGAACUAUCAACAUUUAUCCUGUGUUCCGUUGGUACUGGACUGUGUUCGGCUGCUGCUAAUUCAAUCAAUCAAUACCACGAAGUACCAUUCGACGCGCAAAUGUCCCGAACGAAGAAUCGAGUUUUAGUAAAAGGAAUACUGACACCUCUACACGCGAUUGGAUUUGCAAUUGGUGCUGCCAGUACUGGCAUAUGCAUGCUCUAUUAUGGAGUCAAUGGACUAACAGCUGCAUUGGGAGCGGCAAAUCUUAUUUUGUACACAUCCAUUUACACGCCGAUGAAACGUUUCAGCAUACUGAACACAUGGGUCGGAUCGAUAGUCGGCGCUAUACCUCCAGUCAUGGGAUGGGUUGGAUGUUCAGGAACAAUUGACGCUGGUGCUUGGAUUCUGGCUGGUCUACUAUACGCAUGGCAAUUUCCUCACUUCAACGCACUGUCCUGGAAUCUACGUCCUGAUUAUUCACGAGCCGGUUAUCGAAUGAUGGCUGUAACGAAUCCUGCCCUAUGCAGACGAACUGCACUUCGUUACACUGUAGCUCUUGGUGUUUUAUCGUGCGCUGCACCAAUUUUCGACGUAACAAAUUUAUGGUUUGCCUUUGAAACGCUGCCGCUGAAUGCCUACUUCGCAUAUUUAGCGUGGAGAUUUUACAAAAAUUCGGACAGUGGCACGUCCCGAAAACUGUUUCGCUUUUCGUUGCUACAUUUACCCGCACUGAUGAUUCUUUUCCUGUUGAACAAAAAGCGAUGGAUUUUUACGGAGGAAGCGAGUGUGGCAACAAUGACUGAAAAUGCUGGAAUAAUGGUGGCAGCUAAUGAAAGCAUUGAAAUGACACCACCUGUAAUGGCGGAAACGACGACAAACGAGUUAGGCGAGCUGGGUGGUACCAUUGCAAAGUUAGAGGAACAGGCUGUGGAGGCUUUAAAGAAUUUGUUAAGUUACUGAGCUGGGGUGAUAGUCCGAAUUGAUUUUUUUUAUUUUCGUUGCGAUAAUUUAAACGAAUAAUGUUAUUGUAACACCCAUCAUGCGAGAUGCUGACGGUUUUUUUAGAGUAUUAAUUUGUGUAAUUAUUAUUUUGCCAAUGUAAAUAUAUUAAGCUGAAAUAACACGAGAACAAAGAAUACAAACGGAAAAGUGUUUAAAGUGUAA